GAUUACAGGAGGUGCCCACGUGAUCCUGGCCUGCUGUCGGUGCCUGCGGUGAGGUACCUGGGCUCCUGAAGGGCGGGCGUUUAGGUCAUAACUGCCGCUGCCGGCGGACGCUCUCGGGCGACCAGGGUCGGUAACGACAAGCCGGCGGGGACAGUCACUACUUAGUGCCUACCGCACGGGUCUGCUCUUUCUGCCACCUCCGCCGUCUCCACCUCUUUUCGGGUGAAGUCACAUUUGCGUUUCGAGACUUUGGGUCCUGAGGCCCAAACUCGACACGAGUCCCCACCACUCCUCUUUUUCACUCAUCCUCCGUCUCUUCCUUUGCACCACCACAUCAUUUAGCCUUUGAACUGGCCAGCUAGGCUGUUCCUUGAGGCCAAGUUCAAGGCGGUUUAAAGUAACCGUGGGGAAAGCAGCCCCCCAGUGGACAAAGGCGGAGGCAAGAAUAGAGCAGGCCUAGCGGCCACAGGCAAUUAAAGUAGGCGACUGAGGGUGUGAACAGGGAAAAAGGAAAAAAAAGAAAGAAAGAAAGAAAGAAAGAAAGAAAGAAAGAAAGAAAGAAAGAAAGAAAGAAAAAGAGUACUGCGGUUUAGAAAGGACUGGAAAGGACUUGUUGCACGAUGGAAGAAUCUGACUCUGAGAGAAAGAUGGAGAAAGAGAAUCUGGGGCCAAGAAUGGAUCCUCCCAUAGGGGAACCUGAAGGAUCGCUAGGGUGGGUGCUACCAAAUACAGCCAUGAAGAAAAAGGUGCUGUUGAUGGGUAAAAGUGGGUCUGGUAAGACCAGUAUGAGGUCUAUUAUCUUUGCAAAUUAUAUUGCCAGAGACACACGUCGCCUUGGUGCAACAAUACUAGACCGUUUACAUAGUCUUCAAAUUAAUAGCAGUUUGAGCACCUACUCUCUCGUAGACUCUGUUGGAAAUACAAAGACAUUUGAUGUAGAACAUUCUCAUGUUCGAUUUCUGGGAAACCUGGUAUUGAACCUGUGGGACUGUGGUGGACAGGACACUUUCAUGGAAAAUUAUUUCACUAGCCAGCGAGACAACAUCUUCAGAAAUGUGGAGGUUCUGAUAUAUGUGUUUGAUGUGGAAAGCCGUGAAUUGGAAAAGGACAUGCACUAUUACCAAUCAUGCCUAGAGGCUAUUCUGCAGAAUUCUCCAGAUGCCAAAAUCUUUUGCUUGGUACACAAAAUGGAUCUGGUACAGGAGGAUCAACGGGACCUGAUUUUUAAAGAGCGAGAAGAAGAUCUGAGGCGUUUGUCUCGCCCAUUGGAAUGUUCUUGUUUCCGAACAUCUAUCUGGGAUGAAACUCUCUAUAAGGCUUGGUCCAGCAUUGUUUAUCAGCUGAUCCCCAAUGUUCAGCAGCUGGAAAUGAACCUAAGGAAUUUUGCUGAAAUUAUUGAGGCUGAUGAAGUCCUUUUGUUUGAGAGAGCUACUUUUCUGGUGAUUUCUCAUUAUCAGUGUAAAGAGCAGCGUGAUGCCCACAGAUUUGAGAAAAUCAGCAACAUUAUUAAGCAAUUUAAGCUGAGCUGCAGCAAGCUAGCUGCUUCUUUCCAGAGCAUGGAAGUCAGGAACUCUAACUUUGCUGCUUUCAUUGACAUCUUUACAUCCAACACUUAUGUGAUGGUCGUGAUGUCUGAUCCAUCCAUUCCUUCUGCAGCUACUCUGAUCAACAUCCGCAAUGCCAGGAAACACUUUGAAAAGCUGGAGAGAGUGGAUGGACCAAAACAGUGUCUCCUCAUGCGCUAAACAUUGCCACAUGUUGUUUCAAAAAAUUUUGAAAUACUGUUUCUUAAUUAAUCUUAAUGUUGUAUUCAUAUAUGUAGGCUCUGAAAUGUGAUGCUUACCACUUGUGUAUUUCUUCCCCACAUCAGUCUUAACGUUUAACCUUGAAUGCUAUUUACUAAAAUAGCCAGUGAGAAGUUAGAAAAUGAGCUGUUCAUGGACUUGAUGUGACAUAAAAGUAUGUGAUAUGUAAGUGUUCUGAUAACAAGAUUCUAAUAGUGUGUGUUCUGAUAACCUGGUUCUAAUAGUUGUGUAUGCCAUAGCCUUUUCCAACAUCAUCUUGUAUUCCUCAUUGGAUAGUAACCUAUAAGUUUGGAAUAUUACUAAUUUCUCAGCAUGCAUUAAAAUUAUUCCUUAACUUCAACUGUAAAUAAACUUUUGCUGUUAGGGAUUUCAGUGUCUGUUUUCUUUUCCUUGUCUUUUCAACUUUUUCCCUAAGAAAGAGCAAAUGAAUUUCAUAGUUAUCCUAUGGGGAGGGGAUCUGCUGUUUGGGAAAUACUAUAGAAUAAAGUUGGAUAGGAAGGAUGGAGGCAGAUUAUAGUCUUAAAGUUAGAAGAGUUUAAAUAUUAUGUGAUAGGAAAUAGGAUACCAUUGUAGGUUUUUGAGGAGGGAAUUAUGUGAAAGGAAUUUUGAAAGAAAAUUAACCUAGACUAUAUGGGCUGACUGGUGGCAGCUGGAGAAGCUGUGGCAGUAAUAUAGGCCUGAGGUGUGUUGAAAGCUUCUUCUAGGUUGCAGCUGGAGAAGGAAAGAAUAAAAAGUUGAGGGAAAAGAGAUAAGAUUUAUGAGAUAUAAGUAUUCUUUCUCUGUGGUCCAGGAAUGGUUAACUUUAUGUAUCCCAUUACAUCUAAUGGGAUGUAUCCCAUUACAUCUAAUUAUCCCAUAAUUACAUUAUGCUGAUCAAGUAAUAUUAAAAUAUUUUUCAAGAAGUUGUGUUUUAUUUCAUCGCCUAAUGAAAACAUGAAGCAUCGUUAACUAGGAGAAAAGGAGCUUGAUAACACUAACUAGAAUUACUCAAAGCUCUUUAUCUGCUUCUGUAGAUACAAUAAAAGAACACAAAAACAUUUGGUAAAUCUAUAACACAGUGUAUUCAUCUCAUUUCUCUUCUCUCUAUAUCAUGAAGAAAACUUCUAGACCAACAGAACCUCACCCUUCCCAAUCUUAUCAUGCUCAGUUGGGAGAAGUAGUUUUCACUAAGCAGUGAAGAACAUGGUUUUUAGGUAGCCUACAUUAUGUAGAUUAAAAUUAUCAAGCUUUAAAAGGUCAUGGAACUAAUUUUAUCAACGGUUGUAUUAAUCCUCUGCAGAAGGGGAGUUUUUUAGUAGAUAUUCUAGAUUCUUUAUUUUCUUAAUAUCUAGGAAAAUGAAGAAGAGUAAAUGAAGUGGGGGUCUGUUCUGUGACUAAUAUGAGCCAUGAGUUGAUAUGUUCUCAUUAUCCUCAAUAUAUGGGGUUAUAUUUGAAGGUAGUUAGAAAGUGGACAGAUAGAUACAGAUAUAGACAUUAAAUCAGGUAAGUGUGAAAAAGUGUAGUUAUUAUUUGCUCUUGUUCAACCCUUGCUCAGAUUCUAGUUAUAAUUUGGACUUAGAGGAUGCAUAAAAGAAUGAAAGGUUAGAAAAAUUAAGUUAUGAUUUAGCUUGAUCCUUCCUAUUGUAAUGACCAACUAG